AUGGCUUUGGGUUUUUCCGUUUUCGCCAUAGUCUUUAAGCGCGGCCUUAAGCCCAAUGUUCGGGUGUUGAAUACUCUGCUCUAUGGCCUCUCGUUGAGAGGCUCGGUGGCUGCGGCCGCGGAGUUGUUCCUUGAGAUUAUAGAGAAGGAGCACCCGCUUAACGGAGUUAUUUACGCAACUAUGAUUAAUGGCUUCUGUAAGGCUGGAGAAACUUGUAAGGCGAUUGAGUUGCUUGAGCAUAUGCACGAGUGCGACCAUCGAGGGAUUAAGCCGAAUGCAAGUUGUUAUAGCCCUAUAAUAUCUAAAUUUUGGAAAGAAGGAAGAAUCGAUCAGGCCUUUGGCUUAUUUGAAGCUAUGAUCAACCGUGAUGUUCAACCGGAUAUCUUUGUUUGUAAUUCGUUGUUUAACGGAUUGUGCAAAUAUAGUCGUUGGGAAGCAGCAGCAAAAUUCUUAGAAGCUAUGAGUGAUUGGAAACUCUCUUCUAGUAUUUUUACAUUCAAUGUUUUGUUGGAUGCUUUGUUUAAGGAAGGAAGGAUUGAAGAGGUACUUUAUCGUAUGGAAGGAUUGAGCAAUAGAGGUCUUAAGCCUGAUGUCCUUGCAUACAGCUCUUUAGUUUGUAGAUUUUGCCUAUCAGGCCAAUGGAGAAAAGCUAUCGAUUUGUUGGAUGAAUUGGAAAAUGAAUCCAUCUCGGCGAAUGUUGUAACUUUCACCAUUAUCAUUUAUGGCCUUUUCAGGCAACAGCGGAGGAAGGAAGCCCUCGACGUGUUUCAUCUAAUGCUUGAAAGAGAGAUAACACCGGACCUUGUCAUUUACAGUGUGUUAAUUGACGGAUUGUGUCAUUCAUGUCAAUGGGAAGAAGCUACAAGUUUGAUUGAUGAGAUGAUAAAUCAGAGAAUUUUUCCGAACGCCAUAACUAUGAAUGGAAUUUUGGAUGCUUUUUGUGAACAACGAAUGAUGGAAAAGGCUCGAAAGCUUUUCGAUAGGAUGAAUCAACAUGGUCCUAAGCCUGAUAGAAUAACCUACAGUACAUUGAUCAAGGGGUAUUGUUUACAAGGUAAAGUGGGCGAAGCGAAGGAAAUCCUUGAGCAAAUGAGAUCAAAGGGUAUUGUGCCUAACAUUGUUUGCUACAAUACGUUGGCCAUUGGUUACAUGAAGGUUAAUAAAACAGACAAUGCUCUCAAGCUUCUCCACGGCGCAAUCGAGAAAGGGUUAGCGCCCGAUCAUGUAACGGAAAACACUUUGAAAAACAUUUUUGCUAGAAGGAUUGUUAGAUCCGGACGCCAAUGGAGAAAAGCUAUUGACUUGUUGGAUGAAUUGGAAAAUGAUUCCAUCUCGGCGGAUCUUGUAGCUUUCACCAUAAUUGUGCAUGCCCUUUUCAAGCUAAGGCCGAGGGAGGAAGCCCUCGGCAUGUUUCAUCUUUUCGAUGGGAUGAAUCAACAUGGUCCUAAGCCUGAUAGAAUAACCUACAGUACAUUGAUCAAGGGGUAUUGUUUACAAGGUGAAGUGGGUAAAGCGAAGGAAAUCCUUGAACAAAUGGGAUCAAAGGGUAUUGUGCCUAAUAUUGUUUGCUACAAUACGUUGGCCAUUUGUUCCAUGAAGGUUAAUAAAACAGACGAUGCUCUCAAGGUCCUCAUGGGCGCGAUCGAGAAAGGGUUAGUGCCCACUGCCCAAUCAUGUAACGGAAAACACUUUGAAAAAUUGAAAAAAUCAGAGCUCACCGCGUAUGAGGGAAGAGAAGUCCCCCAAAUGCUGAGUAAAAGAGCUCCUGGUAAGUCUUCUCUCUUUUCUCUCGUUUCCAUUUACAAAACCCAAUUUCAUUCUUAUUCUUCCAAAUCUAACAAAAAAGAUCCCUCUGUUUCCACUCCUCUGUGGAAAUUGAUUCAAACCCAAUGCAAAUCCCUAGACCAAGCUCUUGGUUUCUUUGAUUCAAUGGUUCAAAUGCGACCUGUGCCCUCCAUUACCCCUUUCAAUCAUUUGCUCGCUUCUCUUUCCAAGAUGGACCACCAUUCCAUUGUCGUUUCGCUUUACCGAGAAUUGAUGCAUCUGGGUUGCCUCCAUUUUCGACCCAAUCUAACUACAUUGGCCAUUGUCGUCAAAUCCAUUUGCCGUUUGAAGAAUGUUUCUCUGGGCUUCUCUGUUUUCGCCAUAGUCUUUAAGCGCGGCCUUAAGCCUGAUGUUCGGGUGUUGAAUACUCUACUCCAUGGCCUCUCGUUGAGUGGCUCGGUGGGUGCGGCCGCGGAGUUGUUCCUUGAGAUUAUAGAAAAGGAGCACCCGCUUAACGGAGUUAUUUACGCAACUAUGAUUAAUGGCUUCUGUAAGGCUGGAGAAACUUGUAAGGCGAUUGAGUUGCUUGAGCAUAUGCACGAGUGCGGCCACCGAGGGAUUAAGCCGAAUGCAAGUUGUUAUAGUCCUAUAAUAUCUAAAUUUUGGAAAGAAGGAAGAAUUGAUGAUGCCUUUGGCUUGUUUGAAGCUAUGAUCGACCGUGAUGUUCGACCAGAUCUCUUUGUUUGUAAUUCGUUGUUUCACGGAUUGUGCAAAUAUAGUCGUUGGGAAGCAGCAACAAAAUUCUUAGAAGCUAUGAGUGAUUGGAAACUCUCUUCUAGCAUUGUUACAUUCAAUGUUUUGUUGGAUGCUUUGUUUAAGGAAGGAAGGAUUGAAGAGGCACUUUAUCGUAUGGAAGGAUUGAGCAAUAGAGGUCUUAAGCCUGAUGUCAUUGCAUACAGCUCUUUAGUUUGUAGAUUUUGCCUAUCAGGCCAAUUGAGAAAAGCUAUUGAUUUGUUGGAUGAAUUGGAAAAUGAAUCCAUCUCGGCGAAUGUUGUAACUUUCACCAUUAUCAUUUACGCCCUUUUCAGGCAACAACGGAGGAAGGAAGCCCUCGACGCGUUUCAUCUAUUGCUGGAAAGAGAGAUAACACCUGACCUUGUCACUUACAGUGUGUUAAUUGACGGAUUGUGUCAUUCACGUCAGUGGAAAGAAGCUACAAAGUUGAUGGAUGAGAUGGUGAGUAGGAAAAUUUUUCCCGACGUCGUAACCAUGAAUGGAAUUUUGGAUGCUUUUUGUGAACAACGAAUGAUGGAGAAGGCUCGAAAGCUUUUCAAUAGGAUGAAUCAACAUGGUCCUAAGCCUGAUGGAAUAACCUACAGUACGUUGAUCAAGGGGUAUUGUUUACAAGGUAAAGUGGGUGAAGCCAAGGAAAUCCUUGAACAAAUGAGACCAAAGGGUAUCGUGCCUAAUAUUGUUUGCUACAAUACGUUGGCCAUUGGAUACAUGAAGGUUAAUAAAACAGACGAUGCUCUCAAGCUUCUCCAGGGCGCGAUCGAGAAAGGGUUAGCGCCCGAUCAUGUAACGGAAAACACAUUGAAAAGCAUUUUUGCUAGAAGAAUAGUUAGAUCCGGCCUAUAAGUCCCCAUGCUGUAUGGUCAUGAUUGUUUAAAAAUACC